AACAUUGGCAACCCUUGUAAGUGGACUACGUGAAUAACAAACAUUUGUCAUCGUUCGGAUUUCGUUCGCAUUUGCAUUAGAAUUCUAGUUGAUAUAUUAAUUUUAUUAAAAUGAAUAUUGCUAUUUUCGGAGAGCUUAAUCAAUUUGAGCUGCUUGUGCUCAGUAGCUUGAUGCCAGCUGUCUUUAUUUACUUGUGGACAUUGAUAACCGGUGAUAUUAAGAAUUUUGAGAAAAGCAAGACAGCAUAUUCGGUUUACACAGCAAAAGAUCCAAUCAAUUGUUACCAAAACUAUACAGAUGAGAAAAAAGAUAACUAAGGAAUAAAUUUAAUUGACAAUAAAAAUGUUACAAAUGUAUCAAGCGAAAACUGUAUUAAUGAUUAUUUAAUAUAAUAAUAUAAUGAGCAUUCACUUAUA